AUGGCGGCGCCGCUGAAGCUGGAGCGGGACGUGCAGGGCAAGGUGGACUCGUUCCGGGCCCGCAUCGCGCGGGAGGCCGAGGACCUGGUGUCCACCUUCUUCCCGCAGAAGCUGUCCGAGCUGGACAGCCGCGUGCAGGAGCUGCGCCUGCAGGACCUGGGCCGCAUCCGCUCGGUGCCCGCGGCCCCCGCCGCCCCGGCCACCCCCGGCCCCGCCCCGGACACGGCCGGGGACGGGCCGCGGCGCGGGGGGGACCCGCCGCUGGGCCCCGCGCUGCUGCCCGCCGAGGCCGCGCCGCUGGCCAGCAACCAGCACCUGGUGGCCCUCAUCGAGCGCGUCAAGCCCGAGAUCGAGCUGCUGCGGGAGAAGUGCAACACGGUGCGCAUGUGGGUGCAGCUGCUGAUCCCGCGCGUGGAGGACGGCAACAACUUCGGCGUGUCCAUCCAGGAGGACACGGUGGACCAGCUGUGGACGGUGGAGAGCACGGCCGCCUCCUACCUGCGCCGCUUCUCCACCUACUACAACACGCGCGCCAAGCUGGUGUCCAAGAUGGUCAAGUACCCGCAGGUGGAGGACUACCGGCGCACGGUGGCCGAGGUGGACGAGAACGAGUACCUGAGUGUCCGCCAGAUCCUCCUGCACCUGCGCAACCAGUACGCCACCCUGCAUGACGUCAUCGUGAAGAACAUCGACAAGAUCAAGACCCCCCGCAGCGCGCACGCCGAGGAGCUGUACUGA